AUGUCCUUUAGACAGUUGUACAAAGAAUACUGUUCUAUCAACUCGUCAAAUGGACAAGGGCCUAUGGAAUGGGGAGCAAAAUGUGUCAAUCUACUUCAAUGGAAUCAAGAUCCAGCAGUAUGGUUAAUCUUCUCCAAACUUAGUUCACUGCAGAAUGAGAAACUAGAACAAAAUCUUUUUCUUGACUGCGGAAAUGAACUAACUAUUCAAGGAGCUGUCACGGCAAUGCAAUUAUGUGAACACGAAACCAAGUCCGGAUUCAUGGCUACUAAACGUUCUACCAGAACGACGAAAAAGAAGAAGAAAGUUAUCUGUGCAAGAUGUCAGAAAACUGGCCACAAAUCUCCAGACUGUAGAGCACCAACUCCAGUUUCAAAAGGGAAUCUGGCUCAAACAGAAUCUGAUAGUGACGAUUCGACUUCCUUUACUGCAGUUUACUACGGAAAUCUUUCUCACGAAGAGGAAACAGCUUCAAGUACAACUCAUGUUACUAACAUAUCUCAAUCACCUGAGACUGAAAUCUAUUGGAUUGUCAGUGGUGCAUCUGAACAUAUUUCGAACAACAGAGAUCACUUCACAGACUUUCGUCCAACCAGUGGAUAUAUUUCUGGAAUAGCAUCUGGUGUUAUGGUGAAUGGGAAAGGAACUGUUGUCUUAUCUAAAGGACACAAGACAGUGACACUAAAAGAUGUUCUAUAUGCUCCACAAUGUCCAUCCAACCUGAUUGCUAUUAACAAAGCUGUGCUUGCUGGUAAGGAGAUUAAAAUUAGUAACAAGAAAUUAUG